AUGAUCAUAUCAUUCUUUUUCUUAAUCUCAAUUUUAAUCCUCUAUACUUCAGCUCAAAACCUUCCACCACCAUCAUCUAACGAUGAUCCUGCUCAUGGGAAUCACGGAUUACAUAUCUCUGGUCAGAAUUCUACCAAUGGGACUUUCUCAAGUACCAUCCCGGUCGUUUGUUAUGAAGGUUGUUUGAUUUACGUUGGUUAUUAUACAAUUAAAAUACCAUUUCGAUCGUAUAUUGAGAGAAAGAGCAUAAUGGAUAGAGGCAGACGCACAGAGGAUGAGAGAGAAGAGAGGGGAGAGAGGGAAGAGAGGGAAGAGAGGGAAGAGAGGGAAGAGAGGGAAGAGAGGGAAGAGAGGGAAGAGAGGGAAGAGAGAGAAGAGAGAGAAGAAUCAUGUUACCUAACUACAAACUCUAUAAAUUGUACACCCGUUUGUACAGGUGGGAAUUAUACAGGUUUAAUACAAUGUCUUAAUUGUCGUAUAUCCAAUGGAGAACAAGAUUUAUCAACAGAAGAAGCUUUAGCAGAAUUAGAACAAGUCAACCAAAUUUGUAAACAAGCAAAUGUUACAGGUUUCGUACCUCUCAGUACAAUCAGUGCUGUAGUCACCACCACAGGUCCAUUCACUACCACAGCUCAAGCGCCUUUGGAAAUAUGGACAGGUCUUUCUUCUUAUGUCGACCAAAUCACAAAUCCUCCUCCUCCACCGACCACUACCACCAGUUUAAAGACAGGUAAAACACCGGUGAACCCUUCUGCUACCGUUUCUUCCAGCAACAAUAGCGCGAGGAGUACGAUUCCAAACAGCAGGGAGCUUUGGAUCACGUCAGGUAUAAUCUUCAUGGGUUUGACCAUUGUUUUGACCGUUUAA